ACAAAAAAAUCACUCUAAAUACAGCCAGAAAGAGGUGGUGGUCCGCUUCCGGAGGCGCUACGGGUUCGCCAUCCUCACCGUCUACACGCCGUCCUCCUUCUUCGUCUGCAUCGCUUACCUCACCACCUUCUUCCCCGUCUCGAAUUUGCAGGUCCGUGUGAUCAUCGCGCUGACGGCCAUGCUGGUGCUGACGACCCUGCUGAACCAGGUGUCAGCGCAGCUCCCGAGGAACUCCUACUUCAAAGCCCUCGACAUGUGGAUGUUCGGCGCCAUAGGACUCAUCUUCUCCAUCCUCAUCCUGCAGACCGUGGUGGAUGUCGUUCAUAGGAAGGCGCAGGAGAACGUUACAAAGGUUGUUCCAGCGUCAGAGAAAAAUGUCGUUCAGUUCGUGUCCGAAAAUCCCAAUACGGAGCAACGUGCAGUCAGGAUGUUGAAGUACAUGCAGAUUAUAUUUCCUCUUCUCAUGGGAGUACUAGUGUUAAUAUACUCUAUUUACCUCAUUAGUACCGUCAAAUAAGGUUCUUAAUUAGAGGAGUAUCCCAUGCCAUGUUCUCUAUCAUAGAAAACGUUGAUGUAAUUUGAGGUAUAACUGACCUGUUUGUAAUUUUCUACAUUAUAUGUUUACCAACACAUUUUUUGCUCUGAUAUCUCACACAUUUUUUCUUGGUUACAUAGAUUGUUCAACAGUGUAGAAGAAAUAGCAUCAAUUAAUGUAGUCUGACUUUAGAAUUGAUAUUUAUCAUAACUGAUAUUACUGUCUGAAUGGCAACAAUGAAGAUAUAUCUGAUAAUUGUAA